CAUCUGUAAACAAACCGACGCCAGUCACGGGAAUUCCGAUUACGAGUCACGUCUAUUAUCCAGCUCUCUCUCUCUCUUAUUAUUUGUCUUUCAGUUUCUUUGAAUAUUUAGCAGCAUUGAAUGUUCCUUGCAGUCGGUGUGGAGUAGGGUAAAUGGUCUCCGAUCCCGGAAUGUGGCCACCUUCCCAAAAAAGUACUUAAAUUUGCAGCCAUGAGUAUCAGUCAAAAAUUGUGGGCCAUCCAGGCAACACACCAAGACCUGUACGCUCCUCUUGAAGGACCUGAAGAAUGAGUUUAUGUUGCUACUUGGAGUAUAUAGGAGUGACGAUGGUCAUCGUGGCCAUUGUUACCAUUGCCAAUAUCUUUUCCACCAAGAAGCGUGAUCUUAAAGGGAAACAUGUUUUGAUAACUGGUGGCUCUAGUGGAAUUGGCUUGAGUGUUGCUCAUGAUGUUGCACGGAGAGGAGCAUCGGUCACUCUGGUAGCCAGGAAUGUUGCCAAUCUUCAGAAGGCUCAAGAGGAAGUGGAGGGAACUAUUUCAAGCAUCUCCAGUGGAGGGAAAGUUCAGUUUUUCUCAGCUGAUCUGGGGGCUAAUGCGGAAGUUGCAUGCACCGUUGUCAAAGAUGCCGAGGCGAGCUUAGGCCCUGUAUUCAUGCUAGUCAAUUGCGCUGGUUUUGCCCGUGCCCAGAAGUUUGAAGAUCUCUCACCACAGCUAGUCAAGUCUAUGAUGGAUGUCAACUUCUUGGGCUCCUUCUUCAUCACGCAAGAAGUCGUUCGGAAUAUGAAGCAGCAGGAAGAGGGAAUUGUAGUGUUUACAUCUUCUCAGGGUGGUUUGCUGGGUCUUUAUGGUUUUACUGCAUAUGCAGCAGCCAAGGGAGCCCUCAUCAAGCUAGCUGAAGCCCUUCACAUGGAGGUGAAGCCCUACAACAUCACAGUGACAGUUUGCUGUCCCCCAGAUACAGACACUCCAGGAUUUGAGGAAGAAAACAAGACCAAGCCUAUUGAAACUCAACUCAUAUCUGAGGCUGCAGGGUUGUUCAAGGCUGAAGAAGUAGCUCACAAACUAGUAGAGGAUGCACUUAUUGGUAAAUUCUUCACAACAAAUGGUUUCGAAGGAUACCUACUCACUACCCUGUGUGCAGGUAUGGGACCGGUAACAGAUGCUCUUUCGUUCUUUUCUCAGGUAUUCCUCAGUGGGUUGUUCCGUUCAGUGUCCGCCUUCUACCUCUGGAGUUUUGGCAGAAUUGUUGAGAGAGAGCACCAAAAGAGAAUGGCUUCGAAAAAGGUCGAAUAGAACAUGCAUGAUGUCGAAAGGGUCUGUAUCCGGAAUAUUUCUCGAAGGUUUAUACAGUAGUUUGGGAUUGGUUUAAAAGAUGAGUUUUUUCUUUGCUGUGCUCAGUGUCUUAAGGAUGAUUAAGAGCGAAUGAUUUUGUUGGUGCUAAAAGCACAAAGUCCAGUGUUGGAACAAAAGUUUGGUGUUGUUUACAGCAUAUCUUCAGUCUUUACAAAAAGAGUGGGAUUCAGUUUCAUGAAAACCACUUCGCACAUGUUCUUGUACACGACUUGUUACUAUUUAAGAUACCCCUUUGUUACUAUUUAAGAUACCCCUUUGUUUUUAAUGAUUUUCUAUUGCAGUAUUUUGAGUAUGGAAGCUGUUGUACAUACUUAACAGUUAUAUAGAUAUUUUAGUGUUCUUGUAUAAUGUAAGCUGCUGAGGGUUUUAUUAAAAAAAUGAAUUACUGACAUUAAUUAUCUAUAAUAACUCUCAAUAUUAUACUAUAUAUUUUGAUAAAAGAAAACAUCUAGUUUUAAUGAAAAAAAGCAGCAUGAUCACAACACAAAAAUAAUGAAUUGGAAAUUAACACCUCCAGCAUGAGUUAAUUACAAUAUAUUUUGUGAAAAUAAAGACAAAUUGUGUGUCGGUUGUAGUGCUACUGUUCUUUACAAAAUAUCGUCAUGUGCUCCGGUGAUUUUAAGGAUGCCAUAUGAGGUGAACAUAUUUCUGUCUUUACCUACGCCUAUCCGUCCAUCUGUCUGUUUACACACUGAGGGAAGAGAAGAAAUUCCGGAAGGAUUAUUUGGCAGACUAGACCAAAUUAUUUUUUAGACUCUCCAUUUUAUAGUGAAAUUUCUAUUUCACAGUAAUGUUUGGAUUUUUUGAAUUACAAAAUGCACUGUGGUUUGCAUUUUUAACAAUGUUUAUACGUACAUUAUUUAACCUCUGGUUUAUUUGGGUGCUUAAAAGAGAGCACUGAAAGGACAGUAGUUGUCCCUUUUUUGUAUGGCCAGUGUUGAACCCGUUAUGUAAGGAAACCAAAAGUUUGACUAUUUGUGUAUAUAUAGUGCUUUAUAUUCACAAACAGGUCGAGAUAUGUCAAAACCUUGUGCUUUCACACUAUCCCAAAACCCUGAGACAUAUGGUGUUGAUUAUAGUCUUGCGUUUCAUGAAUAUACACUAUACUCAACUCUCAAACAUAUGGUGUUAUUUAUAGUCUUAGUUUAAUUUGUUUUGCUUCAUUUUUAGCUUAUCAAAAACAUUCAUAAGAUUAAUUAUAUAUAAGUAAGAUUAUGUGGUUAGCCCCAACUAGGUAUGUGAAUUAAGAUAUUUGUCAAUAUGUUUUGGGCAAAAUAUUUAUCAUAACUGGUUAUUUUCACAUAAGAGUGCAGUGUGAAACCGUAAAUGAAUAUGACAUCUUGCUUAUUGCUUUCAAUCUCGUGCAUAUCUCAUUCUUAUCUCCAUCUCCCAGCCCUUUUCUAUAUAUUUCAUUUUCCUCAGCUUAUUUUUUUUGCAUAUUGCCUCAUUUUCCAUUUUUUCCACAAUUAUACACAAUUGUUUAUACAUUCCCGGAUGACAGUAAUUCAUUCAGAGAAAGAUUAAUUGUAAAUUGAGCUUGUGCUGUUUUUUGAAGCUGUAGAGAAUAUAUUUUGUUUCUUAGAAGAGAGAUAUGAAUUAAUGGGGAUUUAAAAUUUCCAGUGAAUUGAAUGUUGACUUGCUCCUGUGGGUUCAGUUUUACUUGUCAGAUUUUGUAGUCAAAUACCCUUCUCUUCCAUUGCCCAUUUAAGUUAACAUCAGUGGUCUGGCUGAACUAAUGAUGAUAAUAGUAAUUCUGUGGUAAUAAUAGUAUUUUAUUAGGAGAUUCUGAUAGUGCUAAAAUAUUCAAAGGUAAUUGCUGCCACAGCUGCAUUCAGAUUUUGAGUUGUCUUCUGUGAUUUUUGUAUUUCUCUUCUUCAAGUGGUAGAUCAUGUCAGUUCCAAUAUUCCUUGGGAAGAUACUUCGGUUGUAAUCCUUUAUUAGGAUAUUUUCUUGGUCUUACUUUGUAUGUAUUACUUUCUUAUACCAUCUUCUGCUGACAAAUGACCUUGACACAGUUUUCUCUGCAUCUGGCAACUGUGAAGCAGGUGUUUUUGUAGAAGUGUGUGGGAUCCCUGUUCACGCUGGUAUUUAGGAAAGUAACCUCUAUCAGCCAAAGCUGUGACUACUGCACUUUUGCAAGUAAUUACAUAUUUAGCAUCUUUAAUCCCACUUAAUAAAUGGCAAAAUUUAUUUAAUAUUGAAUCUGGUUACAAAUAAAAUAAUACAUACUGAAACUUCAUACCACUAGUGACAGUAGUAAUGUAAUUUGGUCUCUUCUAAUUUGUCACGUCUAUUUGACACUACGUAUGAUAUUUUGAUUGUAAUGGUAGAAAUUUAUUUGUAUUGCACCUGUGAUUGCAUUUUGAUUUCUAUCAUAUACACCCAGGAAACAAUGCAAAUACUAAAAUGCUUUCCUUUGAAUUGCUUGUGGGUUGGGAAGUUGGGUAAAAAAACUCACUGGCAUGCCAAAUAUUCAUCCUGCCCAGGUUACUUGUAACUUAGUUACUGUGUUAUGUACUUUAAUGACCUUUAUGGCUCAGUUGGAAACACCAUUGCCUUUCACUUGAGAGUCCUGGGCUUGAUCCUAACGUGAAAUAGAAAUUUAUCAGUUAAUCAUUUCUUUCUGAGUAGAGCAGUUUCUCAGCAACGUCUACUUUUUGCUUGUCCUCUCAACAUCGGUUAAUUUUUAGGCACUGAAGCUAGACCAGGUGUUGGAUAUCUGUCCAGUGGUGACCUCUUUCUAGGCUGGAGGACUGCUUAGGUAGUUUUCAGUUUCAUGAGACUGUAGGUUUUCCCUUCCUACAGCAAAUCCUAGUACUAAGUACGUAUUGUCAAGUCAACCUGCCCAAUCAUUGUCCUUAAACUUUCAGUCUGUUGGUGGUGAGGAAAAUUUUAAGAUAAUUACAAAACAUACAAGGACCUUUGGUGAUAGUGCAUCAUCCAUUAAAUGAUGUAACCAUGGGAAUUAAGACCACUAGUGACCAAGUAGGUCUUGGCAAACUGGAAAGUUAGUUGUAGAGGGUGGUACCAAGAUCUUAUUCAUUUUUGAUGCCCAAGAAAGCUGGCAAACAUUCCUGUACUUCUGAAUCAGCGGUAUCACCCAUUAUAGUUAUUUGAAACCAGAACUCUGUCCUCCCAGUGAAAUAGCCUUACAGUAUGUUUUAAGUUAAUGAUAGUUUGAAUUUUUAAGUAUGUAAAACAGGGGAGACUGUUGAAGAAAGAUAUUUAUAUUCUUGAUUUGUGUUUUUGUGUAUGAAAUAAAGGCUUUUGAAUAGUUUGUACGCAGGUAACUGGAUCUAGAAAUUUAACAUUAAGGUAAAGAACCUUCUGGGUGUUGAAUUAAUUUAGUAAUUGAGACAUGAACAAAGAAUCAAUCGUAGUUGUUCAUCAGCUGGUUAAUGUGGUUUAUGUGCUGUGAGUUUUUUUUUUUUUUUUUUUUUUUUUUUUUUUUUUUUUUU